AUGGCUAUCACCGAGAUUGAACAAUUCUGGCAAGCCUCAGCCCACGUCAUGGCAGGCUGCCAAUUACUCGCCCAGAGCCUCCGAGACGUGGAGAAUCGAGAAGUGUUUACCGAUGAAUUAGAUUUUCUCCUCGCAGACCUAAUCGAGCUAGACGAAACCGUCUUCAAAAAGGCAGCUGAGAUCCCAGCGAACAAGUGUAUGGUUCGCCAGGACAUUCUUCAACAUCGAAUCUGGCAGGUCGAAGAUAUCUUCCGGGGUAUGCUUAUUGGACAAGAGCGGACUGAGAUAGCUGUAUCGCUCCGACCUCUCUUUGCCCAACAGCUCGAGAGAGCGUAUGAUAUUUUGGAUGGGAUUUUGGUGACAUCGUCACAACGGCUUCGGCUGGAGCUUGGUCCGACUAAAUAUGUUCCUGUGGCGCGUAUAAUAUGGGCUUUGAGGAUUUCGGAGGGUGUGUUGGAAGUACCUUGGUAA